AUGGAACCGCUUUCUGGUGCAGCAAGCGUUAUCGCAGUCAUCCAACUAACAGGGGCCAUCGCGCAGAUAUGUGGAAGUUACAUCAGGAAAGUUGAAGAAGCGAGGCAAGACAUCCUCCACCUUCAGGAGGAGGUCGACGCCCUUUCUCAGGUACUCAAUUCGCUCAACAAGCUUCUUAAUAGCACGAACAGUACGAAACUCGUUGCUUCCCAAGAGCUCAUCGACAAUAUUGCAAAAUGCUCAUCAACUCUCACGGCAUUGAAGGAAAAUCGAUCCGGAAAUAGCACAGAGACGGAUGAGGAAAUGGGGGCUCCGAGCAUUCAAAUGGCCUUUAAAACGAGAUCUGCCAAUCUUAUCAACCAAAAGAUAGAUCUCGGCCGGUUACAUGUCGCUAAAGGGGCAGCAUUUAAUGACUACGAAAACCAACACACUGAGUGCCUUCCCGGGACCCGGGUCGAGCUUCUCCGCGACAUUGACAACUGGUCCAAGACAUCCGAUGGAAAAUUUAAGCUCUGGCAUACUGCCACUGGCGCCCUGAAACAGACUUUCAAGGGUCAUACACAUCCAGUUCAGGCUGUGGCCUUUUCACCAGACGGCCAAGUGCUGGCAUCUGGCUCCUAUGAUAAGACAAUAAGGCUCUGGGAUACUACAACUGGAUUAUUACAACAGACUCUUGAAGACCAUAUAGAUUGGGUUCGGGCCAUUGCAUUCUCAUCAUGCGGUCAGUUACUAGCGUCAGGUUCUCAUGAUAGUACUAUAAAGCUCUGGGAUACCGGUACUGGCGCCUUAAAACGAACGCUUACUGUUGAAGGGCCUCUGCGAAAGACCGUGGACGGCCAUCAAGGUUCAGUUGGGGCUGUGGCAUUCUCACCGGACAGCCGACUUCUGGCAUCUGGCACCCAUGCCAGUACAGUUAGGCUCUGGGAUACCACCACCGGUGCCUUGCGACGAACUCUAGAGGGCCACACAUUCUCAGUUUGGGCUGUAGCUUUCUCACCAGACAGCCAACUACUGGCAUCAGGUUCUUUUGACAGCACAGCUAAGCUCUGGGACAUCACCACUGAAGCCUUGCAAGGCAACUUUAUCGAUAAGAGGGCCGCACGGCAGACUAUGGACGGUCAUUCGGGCUCAGUCGGUGUCAUUGCAUUCUCACUGGACAGCAAGAUGCUGGCAUCUGGCUCCAUUGAUAAAACAGUCAAGCUCUGGGAUGCCACUACUGGAACCUUGCUACAGACCUUAGAUGGCCAUUUGGAUUUCAUUUGGACCAUUACCUUCUCACCAGAUCGUUGGUUUCUUGUAUCAGGCUCCAAUGAUGGUACAAUUAAACUCUGGGAUACUAGUACUGGAACCCUGCAACACACCCUGGAUGGUCAUUUAGGGGCAGUUAGGGCUGUAGCAUUCUCACCGGAUUGUCAACUGCUGGCAUCAGGUUCCAUUGACAACACAGUCAAGAUCUGGGAUCCUGUCACUGGGGCCUUGAAACAAAAUCUGUCAGUCGAAGGCGUUGUCACUGACAUGGAAUUUUCAAAUCGCGGUGUUUUCCUAGAAACGAACCUUGGGCAGCUAAGUAUUCAGUUCUCACCCAACAAUUGCACCUUCGUUGUUGCCCUUACCACCGCUGAGUUAUUGAUAGAAGACGAUUGGAUAUCGCUCAACGGCCGCCAGCUUCUUGCUGCCAAUCGACAGACUCGCAUCCUGAGCCGAUUCUCCUCGACAGGAACUCCUGUGGAAACCGCUGUACAACCCCCUCCAAGUGAAGUGACGCAACAGCCAAGUUCGUCUGUCAGCACUGUGAAAGAGACAGGAUCAGUAGCACCGUCAGCCAAGGAGGCGUGGCGCAAGCGCGAAGUGCAAAAGCAGAAAUUUCACGCCCUCGGUAGUGAUGUAGCAGUCGCAUACAAACCAGAAGAUCUGAUCCAAAAUCCUCCUCGACCCUCCGAUAUCACCCUCGAAUUGCUCCUCGCAUCUCAAACACACCUCGGUCAUUCUACUUCUCGCUGGAACCCGCAGAACUCGCGCUAUAUUUUCGGUAUUCGAGAAGGUGUUCAUAUUAUUUCGCUCGAUGUAACUGCAGCGCACUUGCGGCGUGCAGCCAAGGUUGUGGAAGAGGUUGCCGCCCGAGGUGGUCUCAUCCUUUUCGUCGGCACUCGAAAGGGUCAAAAACGGGCAGUUGUCCGGGCUGCGGAGCUGGCCAAAGGAUACCACAUCUUUGAGCGUUGGAUUCCUGGUAGCUUGACCAACGGACAACAGAUCUUAGGCCACUGUGAUACCAAGGUGGUGAAUGUGUUUGACGAAGAAUUGCCGGAAUUCAGGGAUCUUCGGACGGAUCAGCCGGCCAUCAAGCCGGACCUUGUGGUCUGUUUGAAUCCCAUUGAGAAUGCUGUUUUACUGCACGAGUGUGGCUUGAACAAUGUUCCAACCAUCGGCAUCAUCGAUACGGAUGCCGAACCAACUCAAGUGACCUACCCCAUUCCUGCGAAUGACGACAGUUUGCGUUCUGUGGCUGUCAUUGCUGGUGUCCUGGGAAGAGCCGGGGAGGCAGGUCAAAAACGGAGACUGGAGGAGGCGAAGAAGGGCAACAUUACACACAGACUCCCUACGGUGAAGGAGCUCGGCAUCAAGCUUCCAGAGAAUAUGGCCGAAACCACCGAAAUCCAGCAAUGA